UUCACUGGAUCCACAGAAAUUGUGUUCUGAGAGCCAAAGUUAGCAGCUCUUGUGUUUAACUAAACUGUCAGUGCUGUGUUGUGUUCACUCACUUCCUCUGUGACCUGCUGCUUAUUUCUGUAUUUAGUGUGAAUCUCUGUGGUGAACAGAGUCCAGCAUCAAAAGACUAGCAGGUAGCUCAGUGCAAACCUCACUUGGUUUAUUGUCCGGUUUAUAACAGAGCAGAAGUGUGAAUGUAAAACGUUGUUUAGUUCAGACUAACAGGCUUCACUACCAGAAUUUCCUUUUUGUUAUCUGACUUAACUCGGCUUAAAAAACUCGUAUGAAAGAAAAAUGUUGUUCAACCUCGUAUUCCUUUGUUGCAGUGCUGCUCUGGUGACCCAGGCUAAGGAGCCGGCGGUGGUAGAGGUCCAGCCUGGAGGAAAUGCCACUCUGCCUUGUGGGAUCCCUGUAAAUACGGAGGUUUCCUGGUUUUCCCAGCAGUCAGACCACAUACCAGCCAGAGUCAUGGAUCUGAAAUACACAUCUGCACAUCAGAUAAUCCCUGUUUACAUCAGAGAUGAAUACAGAGGGAGGCUGGUUCCUGUUUCUGACUCUAACACACACAGUCUGCAGCUGAAGAACAUCACUGAGGCAGAUCUGCUUAUGUACUGCUGUAUCCAAACUUCAAACACAAAGUUUGGAAAAUGUACACAUGUGAAAUUCAAAGGCCAACCUGGAGGCCAGUCCAUUCCCCACCCUCUCCAGUCCACUCCCCACCCUCUCCAGUGCACUACCCCUCAGCCCAAGACCCAGAACCCAGAUCACCUGCAUUGUUUCAUCCUGAUUUGUUACAUCCUUCUCCUCUGCCUCGUUUUCCUGGCCUGCUACGUUUAUAACAAAGCGUUCCGGAACAGCUAUUGGAAUCCCGGAAGAGGCGCAGGACGGCAUCCAAGGAAGAGGUGCUGCUAUGGUGAUUCCCUGUUUAAGCUGGCCGACCAGGGUUGUCAGCUGAUCAGUCCGCAUCUGGACAUCCUACAGCUGGUUGUGUGCAUCUGCCAGAUCCACCUCUCUUUGUUCAGCGAGUAUUACUAAGGAAGAGCUCUGACUCACAGCAGAGGGGAAGCAGGACCAGCCGACACGAUCAGGUACUGUCACUGACAGGGCUUUCUGUGGCCUUCAGACCACAGCGGGAAAAACUUGAUGAAGUCCCAUAUGUACCAGUAGAGAUUAAAUCACCCACGAAGCGAGACCAAAAAAGAGAAGAUGCACAGGAUACUUGUGGGGGACCAGCAAUCAUUCACAGUGGCGCAGAGUUUGUUAUCAACCCAAAUUUACUCAAAAACCAAAAAUUAUCCAAAAUAGAAAAGAACAUCCAACAAAAGAAAAUACUGGGCUCCAUAAAAUGAGGUCAACAAAGCAGAAUGACAUUGUGUGGUUACAUUGCAUGUAUUUAUGUCAGCUUGGUGUAGUUAUUAUAAUAUUUUUCUUAGUUUAAAUGCGUUUUGCACUUUUGCGUUUUUGUAUUUAUGAAUUUCUGUUUUCUAAUGUUCUGGGGUGUGGAUUUACCAGUCCAUACCACUAGGAGGCAGAGUGUGUUUUGCGCAUGAGUUAUGUAGAAAGAGUAAGCAGAAGCUCUCAGAGACAGAGAAACUGUGAGAGAGUGUACAGCACACUCUGCCUCAGUCUCAUUUAUUUCUAUUAUUUUUCCGGCAAUAAUUGUUUCAAUUUAAAGUAUAUGCAAUGUACAUUAUAUAAUAAAUCUCCUAGACAUGGUUA